UCACUGGAUUUUAUAUAAUUCCAGGUGUUAAUAUAAUUAUUAACGUUGCACUAAACUUUUAUUUUAAACUCAGUGUUUGUUAAGUUAUCGACGAAAAGUGUGAAUUCAAUUACACACAAUUUUAACCUCUACUAUUAAAAACGUAUUUUUUUUAGUUGCAAAAAAUGUCAGAUUGGUCAACACAGGAUAAAGCAUUGCUGCUGAAGGCGCUACGAAAACAUGGAUCCGAUAAAAUAGAAGCCAUUGCGAAUGAAAUUCCUCUGAAAUCAAUAUUUGAUGUGAAGAAUAUGAUAAUCAGAUACGAGCGCUUAGCAUCAUACGAUCCAAAUGAGAAACUUGACAAUACUUCACCUAUUGACCUCUGGAUACAAGCGCUAAGGAAGCACACCGAUUAUAAUGAAUUGGUUCCAAUAUCAAAGGCCUUGAAGUUCAUCAGUAUGUACGAAGAAAAUAACAAUGAGUACAUCAAUAUUAGUGACUGCUAUGAAAUAUUAGCAAAUAUAUCAGAGGGUGUAGCGGGAAAGGAAUUGGAUCAAUCGUCGUAUAAUUUCGUCUUAAAUAGUUUUUUGAACACGGCAAAGGAAGUGAAAUCUGAAAAAACGGCGGAGGAGAAACAGUUCUUAAGCAAUGUCAAGGUCACCAAUAAUGAUUUAUCUAAAAAGAAUACUUAUUCAGCAAAAGCGAAGAGAGUAGCUGAAGAUACGACUGUGAAUCCGCUGUGUUUACCAAAGGAGCUUUGCCAAAAAAAGCGAAAAGUUAAUGAUUCUUAGGGUAAGGAUAUGAGAGGAGUUAAUAAAGAAACCUUUCAGUAUUUUUUUUCAACAUAUCACAUUUUUAUAUAUUUCUUUCCCUCAUAUUACAAUUCUUUAAUGAUAUGACAACUGAAUAAAUUAAUCACAGAUUGUUUCCGCCAUCGGCUCAAUCAAUACAAGCGACGCGAAAAUGUUCUUGUAAUCAAUUUAUUCAUUCACAUGUAUACUCUCUUUGUACUUCCAAUAUAUGUUUGUUUUU